ACGAUAAAUAUUUUGCGUUUGGGAAGGCAAAAUGACGUAGGCGUGGAGCAUGCUGGGAUAGGCCUCUUUCCCGAACCCAAAAUCCAAGAUGGGUAAGCCCCGUGGUCUGCGUUCUGCCCGUAAGCUGAAGGAUCACCGCCGGCAGCAGCGCUGGCACGACAAGUCCUUCAAGAAGGCCCAUCUGGGUACCGCCGUGAAGGCCAGCCCCUUCGGAGGAGCCUCUCACGCCAAGGGCAUCGUGCUUGAGAAAAUUGGUGUUGAGGCCAAGCAGCCUAACUCUGCCAUCAGGAAGUGCGUCCGUGUCCAGCUCAUCAAGAACGGCAAGAAGAUCACAGCCUUCGUACCCAACGACGGCUGCCUCAACUACAUUGAGGAAAACGACGAGGUUCUGGUCUCUGGAUUUGGUCGUAAGGGCCGUGCCGUCGGUGACAUCCCCGGUGUCAGGUUCAAGGUCGUGAAGGUCGCCAACGUGUCGCUUCUCGCCCUGUUCAAGGAGAAGAAGGAGCGACCAAGAUCGUAGGACUUCCCUGUCUGCUUCUUUGUGAAAAUUCCAAAAAAUAAAGGGAAAAUGUACUCCUGAA